UUCAAUGUGCAACAGAUUACUGUCACCAUUGAUGAUACUAUUGUUCUACAUGGUGGUGGGGAUAAGAAGUUUAUUGAAGAUAGAUGUGUGCAGCUAAGGGAAGCAACGGAGAGAAGUUCUGCAACAUUUGAUAAAGAAAAGGCACAAGAACGGCUAUCAAAACUCUCCGGCGGUGUUGCUGUUUUCAAAGUUGGUGGGGCUAGUGAGGCAGAAGUUGGAGAACGGAAAUAUAGGGUAACUGAUGCUUUAAAUGCCACUAGAGCAGCUGUGGAGGAGGGUAUUGUUCCAGGUGGCGGAGUUGCUCUCUUAUAUGCUAGCAAAGUCUUGGAGAAUCUUGAAACUAAAAACGAGGAUGAGAGAAGAGGAGUACAAAUUAUUCAGUAUGCACUCAAGGCACCUACAUUUACAAUAGCUGCAAAUGCUGGUUUUGAUGGUUCUUUAAUUUACAGCAAAUUGUUGGAACAAGAUAAUCUUAAUUUGGAUUUCGAUGCUGCUAAAGGUUAG